AGCCUGAGACUGAAGUCCAUCAACCGCUCACUUGAACGACUGCUUCCUUGUGCACUUGGUGCUUCGUUGAUACCAACAACAUCAGCUACCCGCUGCGCCUGCGUGUGCUGGGAAAGAGAAGGUUCUUUUUUGGAUGGUAUUCUCUGAUGAAGAAAUAAAGUCGACACGUGAACUGUGGAUCCGGCGGAUGAUAAAUCAUUUCUUUCCUCUGCUCAGCCGAGACAAAUGGACAAGACAUCACAGCAGGAGCAGGUGAAUGUGGAGCAGCCUCUGUCUCCAAACACAAGGAGGAGCUUCAGCUUCUCGUCUCUCCGUAUCAAAAAGAGGCACCACAGCAAUGAAGAGGCCGGCUUUCCACGGCGGAGAGGGUUCCUGUCAUUUUCAUCAGUCCGCGAGGCAUCGAGGAGGGAGCCAUCCUCUGAUGAAGAUGGUGCCUCACAGCUCCGUGGUACUCAGGACCAGAUGAAGAAGACAGGUGAGCAGCCCAGAGGGAACCUCAUCUCUGAUGUCGCUGGGAAACACACAGGCGCCAUCCCAUCAGGUGAAGAUGAAGCAGGAAGACAAGGGCCCCUCAAGAGGGUCAGUGCCAUGUGGUCCUCCUUCCGCAGAGGCAGAAAAGACAGAGUGAAAGACCUGGAGCCCACAGAGCCCCCGGACCCGGCAGCGGCACAAGACACAUCCAGGCAGCACCGCUACGUCAGUGGACAGUACUUCUUUGAGUAUCUGGUGGUGGUCAGCCUCAACAAGACCAAGGACGGCAGCAGCUAUGAACCUCGGAUCACCUACCAGUUUCCCAAGAGGGAUGGAAUGGCCAGAUUUCAGAAGGAAGAGGAGGAGAAGACAUUGAAGGCGAUCACACUGUUUUGUUUCCCAGAAGGCAUCAGCUGGGCUCCCCUGACAGAGUACCACAGUGAGACCUUCUCCUUUGUUCUGACUGAGAUCGAUGGCAGCAGGAGAAAUGGAUACUGCAGGAGGUUACUGCCUGGAGGAAGAGGAGCUCGCCCCCCCGAGGCGUACUGCAUCAUCAGCAGUGUGGCUUGUUUUGGCCUCUUCUCCAAGAUAUUUGACGAGGUGGAGAAGCGGCGGCAGAUCUCCAUGGCCAUGAUCUACCCAUUCAUGCAGAAGCUGCGGGAGGCCCCAUUCCCAGCUCCGGGGAACACAGUGGAGAUUAAGAGCUUCAUUCCUGAGUCAGGCACUGAGAUCAUCAGUCUGACCCGUCCACUGGACUCCUGGCUGGAACACGUCAACUUCGCCACGCUGUUCGGCUGCCUGAAGGACGAGGAGGUGCUACUGGUGUUUGCCGCCGCUGUUCUGGAGAGACGCAUCAUUUUCAUCGCUGAUGAACUGGGGACGUUAUCACAAGUCAUCCACGCAGUGGCCGCCCUCCUUUACCCCUUCACCUGGCAGCACACUUUCAUCUCCAUCGUUCCGGAGAUCCUGAUGGAUGUGGUGAUGGCGCCCACGCCCUACCUGCUGGGAGUGCAGAAGCGCCUCCUGCACCAGGUCAACGAGGAGGGUGAGCUGAUAGUCGACUUGUCUGAGGACAAAGAGAAGACCUUCAUUUUUUCAACUGGGGAUGAAAGCUCUAUUCUGCCCCCAAAGCUCCAGGCAGAAAUCUUAGAGGCACUAAGCAUGAGACAAAAAACAUCAACGGAGGAGGAGCUGAACCGGGUGGUGUCGGAGACCUUCCUGCAUUUCUUUGUGAAAACAGUCGGCCAUUACGCCUCCUACGUGAAAUACAGUCACGGAGGAGGGGGGGUGUUUGAGAAGAGGAGCUUCUACAAGGCCAUCGAGUCCAAGACCACUCGACACUUUGUCAAGAAGUUCCUCCAGACGCAGAUGUUUGACCUGUUCAUCCAGGAGGUGGAGCAGCAGCAGCCUGGACCGCAGCAAGGAAUAUUUCACAAAAAGAUCCUUGAAUACGAAGAGAAGAAGAAAAGGGACAAGUCAAAGAAACACUAACUCUGCAGGGACCUUUUGGUGUAUAUAAUGGAGCGCAUAGAUGUGAAUGCUGUACUGCGUGUUUUAUGUCCCGUGUCGGUUUAGUUUUAAAUACUGUAUGUCCGUAACAGUGUGUGAAUUACUGUGACUUGCUGCUACACUGGUAGAAUGAGAGACUUGAGUUCCACGCGUUGGUCCUCUGCAUGUGGCCAAAGUGUGAUGCUGAUGAGCAGGAAAAUCAUUUCAAAUAAAGAGUCGUUUUUUUUAAGUCCA